CUUACAAUGUACAUUGUCGACUGCAUGUAGGUACUUCUUAUGUUAGUUAAUGUAGACAAAGGAAGGUCUAAAAUACAAACAAUCAGGAAGGAUUUUUCGCUGUCGGAACUAUGGGUGUCAUCGCACGAUAAGUUAAGCGACUUCUACUUGUCGGCAUGGCAGCGAGGCGAGUCGCCCGUGCCGCUGCUGGUGGUACGGCUGACGCUGGCGGCGGUGGCCAGUGGUAUCCUAAUAUGGUCGUUGGUGGCGGGCGCGGGCCCUUACUGGAUCAUCUACCUAACCAACUGGGGCCUACUUCUUGUCACCAUGAUGACGCUCAGCGGACUUCUCGUCUCUUGUAUGUCUCUUUGCAAACCACUUACCGACGCAGUGGAACUGCCAUGGUACGUGAGCAUGUACUGGCUGAUAUACAACAUAACUGUCAGUAUAGCCAUCAUGAUCACACUCCUCUACUGGAUACUGCUCUUCGAUCCUGAUGAGACCAAUGACGGUAGUGCACAGGGCGACAUCUGGUUAGACGUGGCGACGCACGGCAUAAAUUCGUGCAUUACGUUAGUGGAGGUGCUGGCGGCGCGCACUCCCGUGCGGCUUCUCCACGUGUACCAGCCGUUAGGUGUCGGCCUAUGGUAUGCUGCAUUUUCCGGCGUCUACUAUGCAGCGGGGGGAACCGAUGGGAAUGGCUACCCUUUCAUAUAUGAAAUAUUGGAUUGGCGGCAGGGCGGCCGUGCUGGCACCGUGGUGGCCGCAUCCACCGCUUGUUUAAUAGUGAUCUACGUAUUGGUUUGGGGCACAACUUUGUGCAGAGAGAAACUCUCCCUAGCAACGAUACGUACCACCAGUCAUUCCUUGCCUUUAACUCCGCCCGAUCCUCACACGCAUAUCGUAUGAUUAUCUGUCGAAUCGUUAUUUUUACAGAUUGUAUUGCGUAAUCGUGCAACGUUUCUGUAAAUUUCUGACGUGACCUUUGUAUAAAACAAUAUUGCUAUCUGUUUUUGUUUCUAUGAGGUAGUGAAGGAUAGCAACAUUGUCUUUAUACAGCCGUUACAAUAGGAGAGAUUCACCGUACUAUUUGUAUGUCGUUGUACUUAAUUUUAUGACUGGCCAUGUUUAUGACUUUUGUGAUAGGCUAAAAUGUUGCCUAUUGUGAUGAACUACCAAUAAUUCAAAAUAAUAUGUACUUUCUAUAUUAGAUUUAUUUAAAAGAAUCAUUUGCGUUUUUAGUGGAUUUUAAUGCCUGUACAUUAAGAACCUUUUCCGUAGGUAAACAUCGAAUUACAAUAUUAUGGUCCAUACAUUUUGUAUAUAAUUUUGUGUAAAAGUUAAAAACAACUGAACGUGAAACAACUAUUAUUAUUUUAAGUCAUAAAUUCAAAUACAAUUUACGUAAUACUUGUGCUCUCUGGAUAUUUAAAAUAUUAUUAUCGAAAUAUCUUACAUACAAUUUUAAAGUAUUAAACGAUUUAAAAAGUA